CCGCUCAUUAUUUUUUACGGUUCAUCUUUUUGUUUAUCACGCUUGUCGCAAAAAUCUUCUUUUUUUAGCAUUUUUUCUUAAAUUGUAAAUAAAAUUAGGUUUUAAUUAAGAAAUUUAGCAAUGGAAUUGCCUCCAGGAUUUGAAAAAGUCAUUCCUUGCCCUUAUAAUCCGAGUCACAUGAUUUUACCUCAUCGAAUGCAAACUCACUUAACAAAGUGUGCCAAGCAACAUCCCCAUAUGAAACUGGAAAUUUGUCCUUUUAACGUCACUCAUAGGAUGCGUUAUGCCGCAAUGAAGGAACAUAAACUUCGUUGUCCCGAUCGCGUAAAUUUCGAACAAUAUUUGAUAGAUGUUGGAACUUCCAAAAAAGAAGAAACGCAAGACAGUUUGUUGAUGAGACAACAAAUUCAAUUCAACCCUUUUAUGACGCCUGAGGAAAGUUGGGACGAUCUGAAUGUUCCAACGUACGACUUCAAAAAGGCAGCUGAAUCAAAGAAUGUACUCCGAAGCAACAAUGGCAUGACGAAAUACGAACGUCAAGUUUUCCGUGAAAAGGAACGCAUUCGCUUGAACGAGAUUCAAGAGAAAGAAUUUCGUUGAACAAGUUUUCUGAUGAAAGGCAGAUGCAAUUAGCAAAAAUGUUUCACACUUUCAAUUUUUUUAGAAUUUUUAAUUGAAAUUUCAUAGAAAAAGCAAAUUUAGCAAAAAAUUCGAAAAACUUUUUUUAGAAUUUUUUUUUCACAAAAUUAAACUUGAUGAAAAAUUUGUUUGGCUUGUAAAAAUGAAAAAUUAAAGUUGUACAAACAAAG